AUGUCGACCAGUCAUCAGUCGCCAGCGAGCAUUAAGAGCGCUAACACGACAAAACAUUCAGUUUCUAAAAAGCUACGGCCUAAAAGUCGUACCCCCUGGUGGAAAUUACCUGUAACUUACGAUGAGUCUGUAGCUCAUUAUGAGAUGCACGCUCAUCAACCUUACAACGCUUCAUCGUACAACAAUAGUGAUGAAAUUCAUAUUGCUAUUCAACACCAAGACUUGUGUCUUUUACCAUCUCGAAGUUCACUUCGUAUAUGUGGUAGACUCUCAAAUAAAGCAGAGAUUGAUAAAUGCAAAAUUGUUGGUUUGACUACACUAAUGAAAGGUUGGGCAUCUAUCAAUCCUAGUCAAAGUUUGAUUAUUGGAAAUGCUGGAUGGUUAGACGUUGAAGAGUCAGCUCAGUUGACAAACAACGACGGCUACUUUGAUAUUUCUAUACCUCUGAGUAUGAUUCUAGGCUUCGCUGAAGACUAUCGUAAAAUUUUAAUCAAUGUCAAGCAUGAACUUAUACUCACUAGAGCGAGAAACGAUGUUAAUGCUGUUAUACAGACAUCUACAAGAGCUGUAACUGCAACUACUCUAGCAAUAUACGAAGAGUUCAAGAUUCAGUUGACAAAAAUCGAAUAUUGGGAGUUGUACGAGUAUCCUCUGCUUCCAGCUACUUCAAUACAUGUUUGCACAGUCAAAACAUCAAAUCAGUUGGAGAAGCCUCGUUUUAUUAUAUUAGGAUUCCAAACAAAUCGAAAGAAUCAGAAAGCUGUCAAUGCUAGUCGUUUCGAUCAUUGCAACUUGAGUAAUGUGAAACUCUUCCUGAACUCGCAGUACUAUCCUUACGGAAAUCUCAAUCUUGAUAUUGAUCGUAAUCAGUAUGCUUUGCUUUACGACAUGUAUGCGAACUUUCAGAGUGCAUACUAUGGAAAAAGUAUUGAGCCUAUGCUGAAAAAGUCACACUACAUCACUCACAUACCACUGGUCGUUAUUGAUUGCUCGAAGCAAAAUGAGUCUUUGAAGAAUGCACCAGUAGAUGUUCGACUAGAAUUCGAAUCAAGAGAUUUAAUCCCAGCUGGUCAACAGUCAUCAACAUCUGCUUAUUGUUUGAUUCUGCAUGAUCAGGUUGUUCAAUACAAUCCUAUGAAUGGAGAUGUAAAGAAGAUUAAACUUGUUUAA